AUGGAGAUAGGAGUUAUAUGUAAACUCAUGGCUCCCAUUGGCAUGUUCUAUUGUAUCCUUCACUUUUCACACACUAACAUACUUUCACGACUGCAGAGUGAGUUUGAUAUCUCAAUGACUAAUGAAGCUAUGAGGUUGGCUGUGGAUUAUUCACUGCCUAAGAGGUUCAUUAACUUCAAGUAUCAUUGUCAUAAGCAUUAUCUGGCAUUAGGAGCCGAUGCUAGACAGACCCCUCCUGAAAAUGUGAAGAUGGAGGAGUGGAUAAAGCUGUGUGAGCAUUUUGAGUCUGAUAGGUUCAAGAGGCAAAGUGCUGCUAAUAAGCGCAAUAAAAGCAUGCAGACUUUUGCUCAUACUACAGGUGGCAAAUCAUGCAGCCAACGAAUGUAUGAAAUGGAAACAACCGAUGAAGCAAGAAAUGAGGCUGAUAUGGAGAACAAUGAUAAUGAAUCUGAUGAAGCUGAGGUAGAGCCCAAGGAAAUCAGAGUUUAUUCCGAUACACAUAAGAGGAAAAAUGGAACUUGGGUCAAUGUGCAACCUCAAAAAAACUAUGAGGAAAUGAAAAGAAUCCAUGCUGAAGCAGUGGCAGAAGGGAAAAUAUUAUCCGGUGCUGAGAUUGUUCUUAUGGUGCUGGAAAAAGCACCCAGCUAUACCAGAAAAGUCAGCUCGAGUUCCCAAAGAGAGAAAGAACUGGAGGCACGACUGGAGGAGACACUCGCUGUGGGGGAGAGGCAGAGGAAAGAAUUUGAGGACCAGAUUCAUGCACAACAGGAGCAGAUAGAAAACCAGCAACAGGAGAUACACAGUCAGAACGGUAUUAUCAAAGGGUUGCAAGCAUCACAGGAGACCCUAGCUAAAUAUGUCGAGUCACUAGCUGCAAAAAUUGAUGGAAGACAAGUUUAG